AUGAACAUCCGGUUCGUGUCCAAUGCUUUUACUCUAGUUAAACCGAUUCAAAAUCGAUCACAGGAGCAAUGCGCUGAUACGAAGGCGUCCAUCUCGAUUGCUUCCGCCGAGCGUUGCGAAGUGCUAAAAGAUAUCGAAUCAAUGCGCACUAAUGCAGAAGAGCAGCGUUCCACUAUUGUCCGGCUUUUGGGUAACAUUACCGAAGAAAAAAUUCAAGGAGAAAAAUUUAAAAAGCGCAACUUGGAACUGAAGGCGAUCCAACUAAAAUUAGAACGUCGCCAACAUCGACAAGAGCAACGGAUCGUCAAAUUGCACGAAGCUAUUCAAGAUACGCGUAUGAAGUCGACAGAAGCUCACAAGAUGCUCAAGAAAAAGUUAGGGGAUCUGCGGGCCCAUUCUAUGGAAAUCAACCGGGCCGGUGUCCGUCUGACUCGUUUGAAGAAGACUACCGUACAGCUUCAAACUCUGAAAGGACCAAAGAGCAUUUUAUUCAAACAAUAAAUGGCUUAAUUUUUUGAGCGUAUACUUAA